AAAAUCAAAAAGCCUGCUCUAUUCAAGACCGUCGAGAAACGGGUGGGGUCUGCUGGAGACCAUCCAAGUUUGUGUAUGUACAAGAUGCUCUGCCGAAUGCUACGAAGACGAACGAAAUCCGAAACACAGCCGCAUACUAUCCGAAAGGACUCAGAAUCCAAGAUACUGAAAGAAAAGGAAGAACGAAACGAUAAAUAGCACUGAUAAUGGUACGUGGAGAGGGGAGACCGAUUGAGAUGUGAUGUAUAUUGGCGGACGCAGGACGUUCGCCAACGAUUGUAUUACGCUACGAAGAGGCUGGAAGCAGGCCGGGAUGCGAGCAAGCACGAUGACAGGAGCAGAGCACGAUGAGAAGCGACAUACGGGCCAAAGCAGUGUUCCGUAUAUCACCGUGGGCUGGCAGAGUCGGGAAGGAUAGCGCAUAUGAUACAAGUCGACGACCAGUCGGGACGGUCCCGGUGGCGGGCGGGUGGAGGGGAAACGAGAUUGGAGCGAACGGAGGUGAUGGAGGCGAGCGGGUAUUAGGGAUCAGACGAGUAGUGGUAGCGGAGAGGCAGCAAUUACUGGUACACGUAGAGGAUAGGCGAGAAGAGGGCAAGCAAUCAAGAGAAUGGAGUGGGCGAUAUGCACAGAUGGUGGUGGUGGAACGAAAUGAGAGUGAGGAAAUCGAAAUUUGAAUACA